AUGUCGACACCAGCCUCAGCUUCUACCUCUACUGCCUUUCUUGCAGUGGACGGGUCUGAAGGGUGUAUAACCUUUUGGAUGGGGUUGAGGCCUGCGUUCAAUCACCCAACACUUUUGGUUGCGGCCAGGAAGUGCAUGAGUCGAGGCUCGUGGUGGUUCCGUCUUGCCUGCGUUCAAUCACCCAACACUCUUGGUUGCGGCCAGGAAGUGCAUGAGUUGAGGCUCGCGGUGAAGGAAAAGAAAUUACCGUUAAUUGCGGAGUUCUGGGAGAGUGUUAUGUCAUCUGAAAAACGAAAGAUGGGAACUAUAUCAGAACGCACGACAUUAUUGGAGGAACACGCCACUACGAAACGUAAACAUGGACAGAACGAGCCACGAACACCAGAAAAUCAGGAAGGAGAACCUUCAAGCGGGAUGGUCCUCAGGAGAAAAAAGAAGGUUAACUAUACUGAAUCCUCGAGCUCAGCAGAUUCUGAUGGUUACGUAGAAGAACAUAAGAAUAAAAACGCAAGAUCACAUGUCCGUGAUAACUCUAGUUUUCGUGAAAGCACGCCAUGCCCAACAACUCGUUCAGUUACACACACUUUAAAAGUGACACCUAAUAAACCCAUUAUUACGAAAGCAACAUAUGAAGAAUAUUCUGCACACAUAAUUUGUGCUUUUAAUACAACGAUACACCUUGUCAAGGAAACUAUUGGAGAACAACUUGAAAACAUAUUUCAACUAGAAUAUUUUGAAAUUUUUGAAAUCGAAUCUAAAAUAAUUUCGGAGACAAAGAUUGAAGAUAAUCAAACAACCGAAGAGGAUAGGUUUAUAUUCUUUAUACGAUAUGCGUUACUAGACUUUGUCUCGAUGUUUAAAUAUUUGAUGCCAAAAGUUUUGGAUCGUGAUAUGCUUGAACGAUCUUACAUCAUUGAAUGUCUGUCACCAAUUCUCCGCGCAUUUCGCAAUGCGUUUCCUGAUGUAAAAUACAUGUGGAUAGAAAAAGAUGUGAGAUUAAUCAAAGAAGCAAACAACAUAUUUAUGAGUAAUAUUGGAGAACGAAAGACAGAUUUACUCAUUCUCAGGUCAUCAGAUGCAAGAGAACUGUUGAAUGAUGAAGUAUCUGGGCCUCCUUAUAGAUCCACAAAAAAGCAUACGAGAGGAACUUGCACUCGCUACUGGUAUGAUAUAGUAGUCGAGAGAAUCAAAGGGGCAGAGGCUCAUCAAGAUCUCGGGAAAAAAGCAUCCCGGCGAAGUGAUAUCACUAUCAAAGAUGAAGAUGAAUUAGAAGUUUUGAGUACACUAGGAUUAGUAUAUGAGACUUCUCUUGCGGAUCAAGGGAAGCAAACGGAAAAGGCUUUAACAAAAGAUCAAGCAACCAGUCCCAUUCCCGAUAAUUCUACCUGUAAUCGUGCCACAAGCCCCAUUGUGAUAGAAGAUAUUAGUAACACACCAGAGAAUUCAGGAAACCAAGCUAACGAAAUAAUGAGAGGGCUAAAGUCCGCUAAUUCUGAGGGUCAGACGAAUGAUGUCACAAAAACCCGUUCAUCCAGACAAUCAUCCCCAAAAAUCGAUCGUGAGCAGGAUAAAUUGCAGGGUUUAUUGCAAGAAUUAUCCACGUCUAUCAAAG